AUGAUGGAUGGGACGAAGAAUAAGAACACCAAGACGGGCAAUCAAGCCUGGAGAAAAAAGCCUCGCAAGUUCGCUCCAAAAUCAAGACUAGGCUGUAAGACUUGCAAGAUAAGACGAGUUAAAUGCGAUCUAUCUCGGCCUUCAUGCUUGAGAUGCCUUUCUACCGGUCGCACCUGCGAUGGCUAUAGUGAAAUGCCCCUCGCAUUCAAGACUGAGAAGACUGAGAUUGAAUCAGCUCAUUGUCACAAGGAGGUCGUCGACAGAACAGAUAUCUGCGAUAGUUACCAUCCCUGUACCACGAUCAGUGCAUACGAGUCAAAGCGAUGGCACUCGAGAUACCAUGGCCUCAGUUUGCAGAAUCUCGGACCCCUUAUGAUCUUACCAGUGACUGGGCCAACCGAGGCAGAGGUAAUGUGCUUUUUCAAGGAUAUUUCGAUCAAGCAUCUCAAUGAAUACCGCCCUUGCGAACCAUGGCGGAAGACUCUCAUGUUCUUCUCUCAAACAGUGCCAUCAGUGCGGCAUGCUGCCAUUGCUCUGGCCUUGAUUCACCGAAACUACCUGGAUCGUCAUUUUAACGAUCGGGUGUAUCAACCGCCUUCCUUGAAAGACCGGCUACCGGAUAAGGCUCCUUUACUUCACUACAACCGCGCCAUUCAACUCCUGCUGAACCCGGAAAGCGGUGACAGCGCCGAAAUAACAGCUGUCACACUUUUGGUCUGUUAUCUCUUUAUCUGCUUUGAUCAUCUGGCGGGCGACAACGUACAAGCAGCGAAGCACCUGCGCGGAGGUGCGGCGCUCUUACGCAGCAUCGACAACGCUACAUUGAACAACUGUACCUAUGACGAUGCCCAAUCCUCCGGGGUUCACGCGAUUAUCUGCCAGGUCACAAAACAGGUCCGCCGUCUUGACAUGCAGGCCGUCACGUUUCUGGUCGACUGGACUCCAGUCAACAUCCAAGAGACAUUUAUGUCCCAUCUUGCAUUCUUCGACAGUAACUUUCGGUCCCUCGACCAAGCUGCCGACCACCUCCAGAUUCUCGUUGCUCAGGUGAUGAGGCUACGCAGCACAGAUCAACAAUUGUCCCCGACAGGUACGAUGCCGGCGUUAUCUUCCUCACUCAAGGGUAUCGUUCUCGGGCAGUUGGAAAUGUGGUCAUGUCUCUUUGAAAACCUCCUGCAACAAGGCAGCUCCUCUGAGUCGGACUUUGAAACUGUCCCUCUCGUAUCACUCCUGCGCUUACAUCAUACUAUCGCAUGGAUUCUCCUCAGUGGUUACGGACCUGGCAGAGAAAUGGAUUAUGACAAUUUCCUGCCCCAGUUUCAGCAAUGCGUCGCAAUGGCGGGCGAGGUAGCGGCGGCGCAUCAGCGGUAUUCGGGGUCGUCAAGGUCGACGUUUACGCCAGAGAUCGGAUUUAUCCCCGUUCUUUACAUAAUUGGGGUCAAGUGCCGGCAUCCUAUUGUCCGUCGUGAGGCCUUGAGUAUUUUGCGACGGCAACUAAUACGGGAGGCGGCUUGGGAUAGCAUCUCUGCUGCCAGGGUGGUUGAGCGGGUAAUCGAAAUUGAAGAGGGUGCGGCUUGGGAAGAGAAAAUGCUGGUUCAUAAGCGACCUGUCCGAAACUGGACUGACUUCAAACACGAUGCGAAACAAAGAUCCAUGUUUUCCGUCCAAUACACGCGCAAAGCCAUAGAACCCUCCGGUGUCUUCUAUCAGAACAUGUCAGUACUGCAUCGUCUCCCCGAUCAACAAGCUAAUGAUGCGCAGGAAACCCUUGACAGCGCACCGAAAUGGGACCGAACCAGUACUACGUCAGUGCUCCGCGCAGGGUCAUGA